UGCUGCCUGGGGGGCUCCCGGGCGGCGGCGGGCUCUCGGAGGCCCAACGUGGUGCUGCUGCUCACCGACGACCAGGACGAAGUGCUCGGCGGCAUGACACCACUAAAGAAAACCAAGGCUCUCAUCGGAGAGAUGGGGAUGACUUUCUCCAGCGCUUAUGUGCCAAGUGCUCUUUGCUGCCCAAGCCGUGCCAGUAUCCUGACAGGGAAGUACCCACAUAAUCAUCACGUUGUUAACAACACUUUAGAGGGAAACUGCAGUAGUAAGUCUUGGCAGAAGAUCCAAGAACCAAAUACUUUCCCAGCAAUUCUCAGAUCAAUGUGUGGUUAUCAGACCUUUUUUGCAGGAAAAUACUUAAAUGAGUAUGGAGCCCCAGCUGCUGGUGGGUUAGAGUACGUUCCUCCGGGAUGGAGCUACUGGUAUGCCUUGGAGAAGAAUUCUAAGUACUAUAAUUACACCCUCUCCAUCAACGGCAAGGCACGGAAGCAUGGUGAGAACUACAGUGUGGACUACCUGACAGAUGUUUUGGCUAAUAUCUCGUUGGACUUCCUGGACUACAAGUCCAACUUUGAACCAUUCUUCAUGAUGAUCUCCACUCCAGCGCCUCACUCGCCUUGGAUAGCCGCACCCCAGUACCAGAAGACCUUCCAGAAUGUCUUUGCACCAAGGAACAAGAACUUCAACAUCCAUGGAACGAACAAGCAUUGGUUAAUUAGGCAAGCCAAGACUCCAAUGACUAAUUCUUCGAUACAGUUUUUAGAUAAUGCAUUUAGGAAAAGGUGGCAAACUCUACUCUCAGUUGAUGACCUUGUGGAGAAACUGGUCAAGAGAUUGGAGUUCAUCGGGGAGCUCGACAACACUUACAUCUUUUAUACUUCUGACAAUGGCUACCACACAGGACAGUUUUCUUUGCCAAUAGACAAAAGGCAGCUGUAUGAGUUUGAUAUCAAAGUUCCACUGUUGGUUCGAGGGCCUGGGAUCAAACCAAAUCAGACAAGCAAGAUGCUCGUUGCCAACAUUGACUUGGGUCCUACUAUUUUGGACAUCGCUGGCUACAACCUGAAUAAGACCCAGAUGGAUGGGAUGUCUUUAUUGCCUAUUUUGACAGGCGUCAGUAAUGUGACUUGGCGAUCGGACGUCCUGGUGGAAUAUCAAGGAGAAGGUCGUAAUGUCACUGACCCAACAUGUCCUUCCCUGAGUCCUGGAGUAUCUCAAUGUUUCCCAGACUGUGUGUGUGAAGAUGCUUAUAACAACACGUAUGCCUGUGUGCGGACCAUGUCAGCACGGUGGAACUUACAGUACUGCGAGUUUGACGACCAGGAGGUGUUUGUAGAAGUCUAUAACCUGACUGCAGACCCGCACCAAAUCACUAACAUUGCUAAAAGUAUCGACCCGGAGCUUCUAGGAAAGAUGAACUAUCGGCUGAUGAUGCUGCAGUCCUGUUCUGGACCAGCCUGUCGCACUCCAGGGGUUUUUGACCCCGGAUACAGGUUUGACCCUCGUCUCAUGUUCAACAAUUACAGUGGCGGCAGGACUCGAAGGUUUUCAAAACACCUUCUGUAGAGACCUCUGCACACCUGUCUGAUGAAGUGAGUGUAGUAGGUGUCUGUAGCUAGUCUUCAAGACCACGCCUGGAAGAGUUUCGGGACUGGCUUGUAAGUCCUGUUUUGAAAAGCACCCCAAUCAGCCUACCUUCCUGUGCAAUGUGUUAAACUGUGAACGCUGCCCGUCUGUCAGGAGCAGCCAUCCCCAGUCCCUCCAUUCAGCUGACACGACUGCUCCUGAGGUCUGUGUUCUCGUCAUACCCUUUCUGUUCUGGGGUCGCUCCCCAGGUGGUCAAAGUCUGAAUUUGUAAAUCCGUUCAGAAAAAUGUGUUUGGUAUACAGCAUGACCUAAAAAUGAAAGGACCUGCAUAGCAUUUCAGAUUGAGCACUUGACUCUCAAAAAGUACUAACGUCACAUGGCUUGAAGAAUAACUAUCAGAACUAAAUCAUCUAAUUAAGAACAAGUACCAUUGCUUUCAGAGUAGCAGAAAUAUGUUGUUUAUAGUAUCUACCCAUCACGAUGUGAUAAGUCGCAAAUUCAAAACAUGUCAACCAAGCUCUGUUCAUUUUUUGGGUCUGGACUGGCACACACCGAGCUAGAACAGAAGCUUUUGGUAAAGGCUCAUUGCAGGUAGUUUUCGAAGGUGAGAGCCAUCUGUUUUCCAGGGGCUGCUCACCAUGUGGAGGCUCAGGUAACACCGGGGUGGAGAAGGGUGUGUUUGAGGGCCUUCUGGAGAGGGGCACUCGGGUUGACAGGUGGAAGGGCCCGCGUUGGGAUGCAGUAAGUGCCUGACCAGCAGGGAGUCUGGGUUUCAGUCCCGGGCCGCAGUUGUUUUGACUCUCUCUGCAUUUUGCUGACACUCUAUCUGUUCAUUUGUUAAGAUAUAAAAUUUUUAUAGUUGAUGCACAGCUUAGUUUUUCCACAGUUUGUGGAGUCUUGUGUAAUUUGGGCCCCAUUCACUAUUCUCAUUAAAACCAGAUCUUGUUGAGAUUUCCUCACUAUUUAGAACUUACAUAUUUUUGUUUCUUGACUCAAGCGCAUUUCCACCAUUUUCUUCACAAGAAGGUUAAUCAGUGGUGGGACAGCAAGGAAGGAGGAAAAGCUGUGGUUUGUAACCUGUUCAACUCAGGCAAUAGUGAUUUAGCUUUAUUUAGGGUCGUAGGCUGAGCGUUAAGCACUUUGUAAGACGUGGUCGUAAGCAGCUUUCCUAUCAGAAUCCCAGAUAGCCAUUGGGUUUAUUCCUUUACCUCACGCAGUCCAUUAACUGGUGGUAUUUAGAGGUGAAAUUGGCAAACGAAAUGGACACCGCUGCUGUGAAAUUAUAAAAAUUUGUAACUAAAAGCAAACUACAAUGUGGAAUAUGGGUUUCGGCUUCAUUCUACAGUUUUGAUUCUUAACAUUUCUCAGUCAACUUCCACAUUAAUGAAAGUUGGCCAUAACUAUUCCCGAAUAAAAAGAAACCGACUCUUACCAGG